GAUAGACAGAUAUAGAUAGAUAGAUAGAUAGAUAGAUAGAUAGAUAGACAGAGAUAGAUAGAUAGAUAGAUAGAUAGAUAGAUAGAUAGAUAGAUAGAUAUUUUUUAAGGUGGUGACGAGCUUAAAAGGCUUGUUUGAAGAGAUAGAUAGAUAGAUAGAUAGAUAGACAGACAGACAGAUAUAGACAGACAGACAGACAGAUGUUGUAUUUCAAAGGGUCUAACUUUGAUGAGUAUAAGAAAAAAGAGAUUUCAGAGAACAUGCAUGAUUUGACUUGACUUUAGACAGUAACCUGAACUAGGCCAAAUCCUUACACAGAAUAUGACCUUCUAAACAACCUCAACCUAUAUUGUGCUUUGUGGAGACCUUGCAUGACCUGUUGUCUCAGCUUGACAAAGAAUAACAGCUUGUAUUCACACAAACUCCUAUUUUUCUUUCUCGAUACGGCUGUAUAGCACAGUAUCUGAAUCAUGUCAGCAGAUCUUUUGCAUAGUUUGUCUAAGAGGACGUUAAGAUGAAUAAUCGUGCCUGCAUCUGCUAAAUAUUUGAUUUAUCGAAUGCUAUGGUAAUAUGUUGCCAUGGUAAUAUGUUUGAACUAGCAAAUUAAGUUCGCACACAUAUUUACGUUGAAUGUUCAAAAAAUAGGAAAAGAAAGAAAGUCAGACGAGACAGCUAUAGAGAAGUAUAGACAGUAUAGCAUGCAUGUUGAGGAGAGGGUGCUUGAGUUCUAGCAAUCUCAUUUGAGCACUUAAGUCGAGUAAAAUGGCAAAAACCAAGCCUGAUGACAUUGGUUCUACUGCUCCAUCACUCAUUUGGUUAUUUGAACCAGUGGAUUAAGAUUAAUUAUCUGGAUCACUUUGGAAGUGAAAUUCAGAGAAUCUGCAUGUCCUAAGUUUGUUUAUGACAAUGACUUGGAUAAUUUAGGAGACAAAGCAGACGGCUCAUUUAACCUCUGAGCAGCAUAUGAAAAUGAGGGCGUGACUGACUUUGGGUAGUUGUCACCUCACAAAGGAUGGAUACAUGAGUAAAAUCAUUUAAUUUGUAUAGCGAUUUUCUUAAUACUCCAAGCACUUUACAAUGGAAAUAUCAUAAUCUCCACCUACGUGAAUAAAUUAUUCUGUGGAUACGCCAGUGUGUCACACAUCAGCUCAAAGUGAAGACACUGAAGAAGGGUGGUGGGUGAAGGAAAUGAGCCAGCCUUCAGAACUGAGAAUAUUAAAAGGCUGAGGAACUGUAAAAAGGAAAUUAAUAGUAACAAGAUGUCAUCUGUGGUGUUAAGGUUAACACGUGCAGCUAAGUGUACAAGCUCUCAAUGUUGAGCACAUGGAGUGGAAUGAAAAAAGAAAACAACAGGUUAUUUGAAUGGCUUCGAUGGCCAUUCAUUAUGUAGCCUAAGUUAAUGACUUGGGCAUGCAAAAAAAAAAAAAAAAAAAAAAAUCAAAGGUAGUUAUGAUAGGAGGCCCAUUACUCUCAGCUGCAAUUUAGGUUUUGCCUAACAAAUUAGGAAAAGAACUGCCAAAGUGUAUAAAUUCAGGAAUAAAAAAAUAUGUUUGAAGGUUUUAUAUAGGCCUACCUUAACUAUACAAAUUAAACAUAGGAUCCAUAUAUCAUUCACAACUUUUACAUAAUUAAGUGGAGUAUCAUUAUUUUGCCUAAGUUUCAUUGGUUAAGGUAUUGGAAUGAUUUCAGUUUAACAAUCUUUACGGUUCAGAAACAUUAAUCACGUGACAUGUAGCCUAAUGGCGCUAUUUCGACCUAGCUAAGCCAUGGCUUAUAUGCCAUAAAUAAAUAAAUAAACUGAAACUCAAAAUUAAAAAUCUAAAAUUAAACGAAUGAUAUUAAGGAUAACCGUGAGUUACACAGAGUUUUUUAGUAUCCAGACCUGAAAUGUUAUAGCAAGUCAUUGCGAACAAUCCUUCCAGAUGACCGCAAGACAUCGGCCUCGUGACUAUUUACAAUACAGUAAAUACAUAAGGAUAAUGAAGGUAAAAACCAACACUCCUUUCAUGUUUAAAUCAUAAACAGUUAUUUUUUUCUUCAGGUCAGUUUAUAGCUGUCGUUAGCGUUUUAAUACUUACGCGAGCCGCGAGGGUGCGCAGCGACCGUUUUUUUGUUUUGGGGCGUCAGAAGAACGUUUAAGCUUAUGCUAAUAAUAGUAGAUGAUAGUUUAGAUGUAAUAAUGAAUUACUUAAACAGCAAAUAAAUAAAUUAAUGACAAUGUAUUUAUUAAUCAAUUAUAUAAUAAUAAACACUGCAGUGUUAAAUUAACAUAGCCAGUGUUUAUAUUAUACAGCCUAAUAAUACAGCCUAAUUUAUAAACGAAUUAUAUAAACAAUGGCAGAGUUAAUUUAACACUGGGGGUUUUUGCUGUGUAAUAAUAAUAAUAAUUGAUAGAAUUGAUAUAUUUUAAUUCCUCUUUUCUCUAUAACUACUUUAGUUAUAAACGAGUCUCCUUUAUAAGUAUUAUCUUGUAUAUUUUGAAAGGAAAAAACUUUUUACGUCACAAUUCUUCUUUCUCACAUCCAUUUCAAAAUCUUCGCGUCAUUAUUGCUUGAUUAUCCCUAACACAAUUAUUCAUGCAAACUUGCAAAUUCGUAAAUAUUUUGUGAGGUCAUUCAAAGAAUCGUUGAAACGAACGUACUCAAGACUCAGAAAAAAACAAAGUUGGCAAAUUCCUAUUUCUUUUCGUCAAAGGACAUUAGGAAGAGUCGUCGAAUCUUACAUGAUAUUAAUCAUUUGUUUGUAAUAGGUGGAAACAUAAACUGCUCCAGUUUAUUAAAAAGAUCUGGUGUGGUAUGCGUGCCUUUGUUUGCCUGGUGAUGACGUUGGUACUCGCCUGUAUAAAACAUUGUAACCAAUCAACUGAUGAAUUCGUUUAAAACAAAGGGACCUGAAGCCUCAAGGACUCUUGAGAGUUGGAACAGUACUUUAAAACUGCUCAAAGUAGUUUGGAAUCUCGGGCUGCUUAACUAGACAAUCACUUGGCACGUGAACCGACAGAUAACAAAUCGCUGUGGGCGUUAUAUUGUUAUCCUUUCUUGUACCACCAUGUACUAAUGAGCAAAUAUAUUCGAACUUCUUCAGCCCCCUAUAUUGAGCGUGGGCUUUAUAUGAAGAGGAAGACUUGCUCAGCAUUGUCAUCUUAAUUAAUUAUUAGCUUCUCUCUUCUCCUGCUGUCCACCAACGCCCGUCAAGCCAUCCAUGGUGCAGACGAACUCAUUAGUUUGACGAGUUUGGGAGAUUAGGUUUAGAAUGCGUGAUUUAUAAUCUUACAAUUUAAAAACUAAAGUUACAAACUGUAAAUACCAUCUUCUUCACUUUGAACUGCAGUUGAAAAAAUCGAGUACAAUUCCAGGCAGCAAAGCAGCAACACUCGUUUCCACAGGCAGUGAGAGAAAAAGGAACUCGUUGGCGUUCCUUUCCUGCUUGUUUGGACUCAACAGAAGGCUCGCUGUCGACCUAAUUUCGUUUUGGUAACAGAUCAGUUCAGUGAUUCAAUUAGACGGGUCCAAAGCCAACCCGGACCGAUCUGCGAACCGUGGCGUCACUUCCAAUUCGAGUGUUAAACAGAUUUCCUUUCUAAACACACAUAAUGAACUCUGCAUUCGGCAACAGUGAGCAUUACUCUUAUUAAAGAGGACAAUCGAGAUCACAUAGGCCUACUUCAGAACAUUACAGUAGGAAGACAACGCAUUCCUCACUAAAUUCGCGUGAUUAAAACUAGAAACUAAAUGCAGCUGGUAAGUGAAGAGAUGAGAGGAGAUGAAGGCCUAAAUCUCAAUGCAAAAGUCUGAAACGUUCUUUCUUUAUUUCUCUUUCUCUCAUUCGGAGAGUCUUUCACGCAGGGUUUGACAUAUUCUAGCUGUUAUCAGAUUGAUGGGCUAGUUUGAUUGAAGUGGCUUUGUCAUGCAAAUGUCAAGCGCGUGAUGGAUGGUCGCCGUGCGCUGACAAACUUCUGGAGGUCCCCUCACCAUUGGCGCCGUGACGUCUCACGUGACCAGCAGCUGAGGUAAAGAUGUGUUAUAGAGAAGCACGAGCAAAUACUCAAGAGGUAAGCAUUUCCCCCCUUCCGCAUGACAUACUGUUGCGAGCUUGCAGGACAGGAGGCUCUCCCGAUCUCUUAGGUUGACCCUCCACCAUUAAUAGCGCAUGGACAAUUCCAGAAUGAACUCUUUCUUAGAGUACACAAUUUGUAACCGUGGGACGAACGGCUACGCGCCCAAGGCUGGAUACCACAACUUGGACCAGGCGUUCUCGGGGCCCUUCCACACCGGACACGCAAGUGACAGCUAUAACGCUGAUGGACGACUUUACGUAGGGGGGAGCAACCAGCCAGCAGCAGCAGCAGCAACAGCAGCAGCAGCACAACAUCAGCACCAGAGCGGCGUUUACGCGCAUCACCAGCACCAAACGCAUCAGAGUAGCAUUGGCCUCACCUACGGUGGCACGGGGACUAGUUAUGGGACCCAGGCCUGCGCCAACCCGGACUAUGCUCAACACCAGUAUUUCAUAAACCCUGAGCAGGAUGGGAUGUAUUAUCACUCAUCGGGGUUUUCAACCUCAAAUGUCGGUCCUCACUACGGCUCCAUGGCUGGUGCAUACUGCGGGGCGCAGGGAGCCGUCCCAGCCGCACCUUAUCAGCAUCAUGGAUGCGAAGGCCAGGACCACCAGCGAGGCUUCUCACAAGGCACCUACGCCGACUUAUCGGCUUCCCAAGGGAGGGAGAGGGACACGGAUCAGUCGCCACCUGGGAAGACAUUCGAUUGGAUGAAAGUCAAAAGGAACCCCCCUAAAACAGCUAAAGUGGCCGAGUACGGACUGGGACCGCAAAACACAAUUCGGACGAAUUUCACAACCAAACAACUCACAGAGCUCGAGAAAGAGUUUCACUUCAGCAAGUAUCUCACGCGAGCGCGGCGAGUCGAAAUUGCUGCCACGCUCGAGCUGAACGAGACACAGGUUAAGAUAUGGUUUCAGAACCGCCGGAUGAAGCAGAAGAAGCGAGAGAAGGAGGGACUCGCGCCUGCUUCGUCCACCUUGUCUAAAGACCUCGAGGAUCACUCUGAUCACUCAACUUCAACAUCUCCAGGAGCUUCUCCAAGUCCGGAUUCAUAACAGAGGACAAAAGCUUUGGGUGCAUUGAACAACAGAUUCGAAAUAUAUCGCAAAGUCUAUUAAUUUAAGCAUUCCAAAAUGUGCCAGAAAGACUUUCUCGUGCUCUUUUAUUAUAGGACAAUUCGUUUUUAGGACACUGAACGUCAGGCGAGAAGUGAAAGAGACUUUUAGCACAACAAUGGACAUAUUACACCGUCUGCUCGAACUAAAUUUCCAAAACUCAUUGGAAACGUUUGUGUGUGUUAUAUAGGGUAUUUCUACAAUGAUGAUAAAUAUAAUGCACUUUCACACUGUUUACAAGUCUCUAAACGAACCUAACUGAAUUUACAGGGAGCCUAGGCUAUGUUUUCAAAAUAUGUAUUGAUGUUUUUGUUGCGUUUAUGAUGAUUGAUUUGAUGUACACAUUUCAUAUAUCUGUGUCUUGUGGAUUGUAGCUUAUGAGGGUUUUCGGACUCCUUGCACUAUGCGUUUACAGGGUAGGCCUUUACUGAACACCAGCACAAUUAUGUGUGAAUGAUUCCCUCUCAAUGUACACUGUGAUAUUCCAUUAGCAGUUAAUUUACAGCGAGAAAUAAUUAACACUGUGUUCCAUUCCGUUUGUAGAAAAAAGGACAAUGCAGGGUGUUUAAAUGUACUUUUCUUUAUUAAAACAUUUACAGAAUUUGAUUUUUUUAGCCUAGUAUUUUUAUGCGCAGACGAGCUGAGUUUUAUUAGUUACUGUCUGCAUGAUUCAUUCCGUAAUCUAAAUGUCUCAAUCAAAUGUUUAUGUCAGUUCUUUAUCUACCUCAAAUAAAACAAUAUUUUACUGAACCAGUCUCUGCCAC